UGGUACAAAAUUAAAAAUAAAUUAAAAAGAAAAAAUGGUUUACAAAGACUUGGCAAAGCCUCUACAGUGGCGUUCCCCGUAAUUCACUAGUCCUGUCGGGGUCAAUUCUCCUUCCCCCAUCGCUCUCCUCGCCUCUUCCCUCCCCCUCUGUGUCUCCGACUCUACUCCUUACGCCGGCAUUCACAGUCCGCACUUUUCUCGCUCCUACGUUUUUCUAAUUCUAGUGCUUCAGAAAUGCCGGAGGCGAAUAGGCAUGUGUCUCUGUACGGAACUGAGACACUGAAUGUGCGGAACGGUAUUGAGGAAGACGACGACGAUGUUGCGGGCGGGGAGUCUAUAGACAACCCUCAGAUCCGAUAUGAUCAUCAGGUGAUGGGGGACGGUGCCGUUGGGCCUGUUGGAGACAGCAUCGAAGCGAUGAAUGGUGUGGAAGUGGUUCAUUCCCAUAAUUUGUACAAUCCUGGCGUUGAUUUUGCUGAGGGUGCUGGAACGGGUGGCACUGACCAGCUGACCCUCUCGUUUCAGGGCGAGGUCUAUGUAUUUGAUGCCGUGUCCCCUGACAAGGUGCAGGCAGUGUUGUUACUCUUGGGUGGAUAUGAAGUACCUUCAGGGGCUCCUGUGGCAAUGACACCUAAUAAUCAUAGGGGUCUGGGCGACCUCCCUGGAAGGUUGAGUCAACCACAGAGGGCUGCUUCUUUAAAUCGGUUCAGAGAGAAGAGAAAAGAGAGAUGCUUUGAUAAGAAAAUCCGUUACAAUGUUCGGAAGGAAGUUGCACUCAGGAUGCAGCGCAAGAAAGGCCAGUUCACAUCAUCAAAGGCAAGCUUUGAGGAAGUGGGUUCACCUUCUUCAGACUGUAACACAACGCAGGGUUCUGCACAAGAUGACAGCAUCCAGGAAACUUUAUGUACUAAUUGUGGAACUAGUUCAAAGUCCACUCCUAUGAUGCGUCGUGGGCCAGCUGGCCCAAGGACCCUGUGCAAUGCAUGUGGGCUUAAGUGGGCCAACAAGGGAGUUCUGAGAGAUCUUCCUAAGGUCUCAAGUUUGGGGGGCCUGGAUCCUUCUGUGAAGGCAUCUGAACAGAGUGAUGGUGAAGCUAAUUCGUUAGAUGCUAUAACCACCGCCACUGACAUUAUCAAUGGUGACAACUCAACCUCAACCGUGACUGCCGAACGGGAAGUGAAAAGUCAAUUUCCAAUUAAAUGGAAAAUUUCUAUGUAAUAGUUUUCAGCUUGCCAUAACUGAAUGUACAUAUGAUUCAGAUUGCUCUUACCAACUGUUUACAUUAUCAUAUUCUUUGUUUUCAUCACUUUUUAGUUUGAGGCUGGUUUGGACGAAUCAAUGUUUAACUUGUAUUGCAGUUGUAUCUGGAAAUUUUCUUGACGUCUGUUCAGCAUGGAUAUGUGAAUAUAUAUUUUCCUCUAAA